UCUGGGAAGACAGUGAGUAGGUUGGGAAAAGGAGCUCCUUUUGUGGGCCACCCCCGCUGUGACUAUGGAAUUGACAAACAGAGCUAAUUGCGCAGUUGCACGCUCGUUGGCGAGGCAGUCCAUAUGCUGUUUAAAGAUGGCGGCGGAGGAACCUCAUCAGCAGAAUCCGGAGCCAUUGGAAAGCGACUCUGAAGGAAUUAACAGUUUGGCCUACGAUGAAGCCAUCAUGGCCCAGCAGGACCGAAUUCAGCAAGAGAUUGCUGUUCAAAAUCCACUGGUGUCCGAGCGCCUGGAGCUCUCCGUGCUUUACAAGGAGUACGCGGAAGACGACAACAUCUACCAACAGAAGAUCAAGGACCUACACAAAAAGUACUCCUACAUCCGAAAGACCAGGCCCGACGGCAACUGCUUCUACCGAGCUUUCGGCUUCUCCCAUCUGGAGGCCCUUCUGGAAGACAAGAAGGAGCUGCAGAGGCUCAAAGCCGUCUCCGCCAAGAGCAAGGACGACCUGGUGGCCCAGGGCUUCGCCGAGUUCACAAUUGAAGAUUUCCACAACACGUUCAUGGACCUGAUCGAACAGGUGGAGAGGGGAACCUCAGCCACCGAACUGCUGGCCUCCUUCAAUGACCAGAGCACCUCCGACUACCUGGUGGUUUACCUGCGGCUGCUCACCUCAGGCCACCUGCAGCGUGAGAGCAAGUUCUUCGAGCAUUUCAUCGAGGGGGGACAGACGGUCAAGGAGUUUUGUCAGCAGGAGGUGGAGCCCAUGUGCAAGGAGAGUGACCACAUCCACAUCAUGGCGCUGGCGCAGGCCCUCAGUAUCUCCAUCCAGGUGGAGUACAUGGACCGCGGUGAGGGCGGCACCACCAACACCCAUGUCUUCUCUGAGGGCUCCGAGCCCAAGGUGUACCUACUGUACAGACCCGGACACUAUGACAUCCUUUACAAAUAGAUGCGGCAGGGUCCUGGGCUCUGCCGCUGCUGCCCACCAGCGCUGGGGCAGCCCUGCCCCUCCCUCCCCCUCCCCGGUAACUGGUGUUAGCCACGUGCAAAUUGGUUUUUUGUGGUUGUAAAUGGCGAUAUUCCACUCCCCCUUCCCCCUCCCUGUCACCCGCUACUUUGUCUAUUUUAUUAAAGGGGAUGCUGGUGAUGGAGGGGAAAAAAGAGCAAUAGCACUCCCUUGGAAGGAGAAACCCCCAACAGGUGACCUUUAAAAUGACAAGCACUAAUGGAAAUGAACAUGUAGAUCGCAACUCCAGGAAAUAACAACAGUAGCUUUUCAGAAGAGCAGCGUCAGCUUUAGAGAUAGGGGAAACUACAGACUCGCAGCAGCAGUAAGGUCCAUCGUGUGGGGAGAUGAAGACGUCCGAUCAAUCCGGAACAUGGUGCAAUAGCAUAGAUUUUCUAGGAAAGACUCCUCAGAAGGCAACAUGUGAAUCUGUGGAAGUCUGUGCAUGAAGGAGC